ACAAUGUUAUUCAGUUGAUUAUAUGCGUUGCGUUGAACGAGACGCGUUUGUGAUAAUUGUUGGUGAUGUAUUAUGAAUGGACAGUGAAUUAGGUUUUAUGUAUAGUGUUUUGGAUGACGCUGACACGAUGACUAGAUCCUGCUAUCGACCUUUGGUUCCUAGGUCCUCGCAUGCGUCCCUGGAUAACCGGGAUAUCGGGACCACAUCACCCCCCGGGGAGCCGCUAGUCCGCGCGCCGGCGGGCAAGCCACGAUGCCCCCCGGCCAUCUCCAGGCUUCGCGUGGAGAAGGUGGAAGGCGGCCUGGCUGUGGCGGGCGUGGUGGUGGCCGCCAACUGUCAGAUAGUACUGCCCAUAUUCGGCUUCUUGUUCAUGCUCGUCGGCUGCGUGCUCACUGCGGCUUCGUACCGCGGUUGCGGCGAGGACGAGGAACCUGACCACUACGCCGCCAGGAUUGCCUUCACCGGAAACUCGCGGGUGCUAGGGCCCGUGUGCAUCGUCGCAGGCGCAUUGAUGACUAUUGCUGGUAUAGUUCUAUGCAUGCUGAUGCGCGCCGCACAGCGCAAGCAACGCCGGCUGGCAUACAACUGUCCCAUCCAUGGGGACUUCUACCCACUAAGUCCACAAAACACCAGGAAAUAUUCUCGCAAUCCCUCAGGGCUCUGGCGCUGGCUGCGCAGUUGGUUGGGGCUCGUGGACGACGGCGAGACCCCCCGGUGUCCCCGCAGCGCCGAACCGGCGUCCCCAGCGAGGGCCGACGCCCCUUGUCCACCGCCUCUACCGUUCGUCGUGCCUUCAGACUCAGUCGUAGGCAUGGCGUCGGUGUUAGGAGCUCCACUUAGUCCGGAGCAGACCUUCGGUUCCAUCAAAUCCCUAGCGAUAUCACGAGAAGUCGCCAGUUUUCCAUUGUCGCGCUCACCAACUCCGCCGCCUCUAAGCUGUCCUCCAUUCAAAGAAGAGUCGAAAACUUACGACGACCACAUCCCGAACACAGUGACACGUCCCGACUUCGACUGCGGCUCUCCGACAUGCAACUACCGAGUCGUCGAAUGCAAACUCACCACAACUGACGAGAUCUGCAGAAGUGCUCCCAUCCCCAGCAUUCACAGACACACGGAGAAUAAACCUAUUAGACCCAACACGGUCUCCAUUACCAUACCCGACGAAAAGGGUUAACACGAAACCGGUGGUGAAUUUUUUAGAUAAAAUUAGUAACAAAUUUGUUCAAAGACGGGUGUGAUGCUAUGAUGAUUGUUUGGACUUAUGGCGUGAGAAUGUGACCAGUGAGACUACUGCGGAAACUAUAUCUAUUGUACAUAAUUUGUUUUGAAAAUAUCUGCUCAAUCACAUUCGUCUUCCCGCUAGCUCACCAUUUUGUGAACAGUCACGUCGUGUGAACUGUCGAAUUUAUUUGAUCUGUAUUUAAUUUUAAAAGGAUGCAAUUUUAUUCUUGACUUUGCGUAAAAUAACGUGCUAAUUUAUUCACAGCGUUACAUAAUGCAUUUUAAACUACACUUGUUCGUAGCAAUACAUUACGCCAAAUAAAGUAGGUAUGUUUGAAAAGAAUUGGAACUAUUGAAGAAAUUACUGUUUUGUAAGGUUUUCUAGUAAGAAGAUAAUAAAGAACUGUAUUUUCUGACUAGAAAAGCCUUACUUACCUUGUGGACGACUGGUUUAAGCAAUUGACAACUGAGAUUUUUUUAAUGUUUAGGUAUUUGUGUUUUAUAGAUUCUACUUAUAUGUAUUAACGUUCAUUGAAUAUUUCAACAUAUUUGCAAAUUCGUCUACAUUUACAUUAAUCAAAAGUAUUUAUUGUUUCUGGUAUAUUUUUAAAGCAUAAGAAAAAUAAUAGGUAUAUCUAAGUACUUUUAAAAUUAGGUCGGCUUUACACGAAAUGCAGCCAUCUAUAAAAUGUAUUUGCAAAAUAAAUAUCCACAACGGUGAUGUUUUGAAUCUAAACAAAUUGGACAUCAUUUUUGCUAAUGUAGUUAGUAAUUCCAGAUGCCAGAUAACCAAUAAAUCAUGAAUUAAUGUAAGAUUUUCACAAUAUCAUGUUUCAUUUACACAUUCUAGUCUCUUCUCUUUGGUAUGUGUUACCAAACAUUAAAAUUUUUGACGGAAUAAUUUAACGUAAUUACCUUUUCAGUAAACGUAGUUAAAGGUGUAAUAAUUUGGCUCAGUAGGAUAGUGUCGUUCCCUAAGCAUUAUGUCCAUUGUAUAACAUUUAUUUACGAGUAACUUUAGCAUGUAAGUAAGUAAGUUAUAAGAGUUCAUGCAAACACAUACCCUAGGUUAGUCCCGAAAUGUGAUAUUUUGUUUAUAGCAAUUGACUUUACAUCUGGUAAUGCACUAACUUACUACAGAAGUUUUAAUUCCAUAAAACCAUUUGUGUCAUUAUUUUGGUGAUUUAGCCAAAAAGGAGUUGCCAAAAUACAUAAAAUCGUCGCGUCCAUUAGAAUUGUGGAGUCUUAUUUGUGUAACUUUGUGUAGAUACGAUAUUUCUAUUUAUCUUAUUUUUGUGCAUUGCGACGCGUGUGUUAUACACAAAAUAUUAUUUCUUAAAAUUAAAUCUUACCCGAAGAAUUCUCGAUGAAACAAUUACAUUCAGGGAUUUAAAAAAAAAAUCUUAUUCUAUGUAAGAAUAGGUAGUGACUGUUUAUACUUGAUGACAUCGCCUAUAUUCUCCUGCAAACACACACAUCGUUAUGCAUAAAGCUGGGUCGAAAAAUCUAAAUUUUACCUUUAAGAAAUUAAAUAAUUUUCGUGCUCAGAAAAGACAAUUAGAUGCGACUUGGUAGGGUAGAUAAAGCUGUAGCCCACGUAUAUGAUUUGUUAGAAUAAAAUUAAGUUUUGUGAUGACGGCAUUUAUUGGCCAAGUUAUUUGGAGUCGUAAGAAACGUAAUUUUUAUAAUCAGUAGUUAAGUGCCACGCCUAAAUAUAUAUAAUAUUGUAUACCUAAGUUAAGCUUAUUUAAUAUUGUUGUAAACAUAAGAAAGCAAUGGAAAUACAAAUUUUAAUUUAAAA